AUGACCAAAAUGAUAGAAAAUGAUAUCGGAACAAGUCCUCCAGACACAUCUGCAAUGGUCAGUAUACAUCCCCAGACGACUGACUACAUUCUUCAAACCCAUCUACCAAUACGACCCAACCCACUAACAAAGGCCUUACAGCGGAUCGAGCACGAUGCAUUCGGUCCCGUCCAGAUCCCAGCAGCACGGUACUGGGGCGGACAAACGCAACGGGCUCUCGCCACAUUCGGUGAAUCUGGAAUCGAAAGAUUCCCACCUUGUCUCAUCCACGCCUUCGGGCUUCAAAAAAUGGCUGCCGCGAACGCCAACUUCCGCCUCGGCCAACUCGACCAAUCUCUCAGUUCAGCCAUCUAUUCCGCCGCCGAGGAAGUCAGCCAUGGCAAAAUGGACCUUGAAUUCCCCUUGUCGAUCUGGCAAACCGGAUCUGGCACACAAACCAACAUGUGUGCGAACGAAGUGAUCGCCAAUCGCGCCAACCAACUACUCACCAACCAACCCUUAGGAACGAAAUCGCCAAUUCAUCCCAACGACCACGUGAAUCGGUCACAGUCGUCGAAUGACACAUUCCCCACAGUCAUGCAUGUGGCAUCGGUGUUGGCGGUUCGUUCUCAACUUCUCCCGGUUUUGCUUCGGCUUAGGCAGACUUUCCAGCGGAAGGCGCAUGAGUUCUCGACGGUUGUCAAAAUCGGCCGGACCCAUUUAAUGGAUGCGGUGCCCAUGACGGUGGGCCAGGGGUUUGAUGCCUAUGCGCAUCAAGUGGCGAAUGCGAUUCGUCGUUUGGAACAAGGUGCUCUUCCUGGCCUGUUGAGACUGGCUCAAGGUGGGACGGCUGUGGGGACUGGUUUAAACACGCCUCGUGGAUUUGAUGCAGUCUUCUGCGAAGAACUUGGCACCUUGACGGGGGAGAAGUUUGUUCCUAAUCCGAGUAAGUUCGAGGGGAUGGGAAGUCAUGAUUCGAUGGUGGAGCUUUCUGGCGCGCUUAACACUCUUGCGGUGUCGAUGGUCAAGAUCGCAAAUGACUUGCGGUUUCUGGGGUCUGGACCUUAUUGUGGAUUGGGAGAAUUCAAUAUUCCUUCAGAUGGACUCAGCUCGUCUAUCAUGCCGGGAAAACGUAAUCCGACACUGGCCGAGGUUCUGGUUCAGGCUUGUUUCCAGGUCAUGGGUAAUCAUGUCACUGUCACUAUGGCUGGAGGUGCUGGCAUGUUCGAGCUCAAUGUCGCUAAACCGGUCAUCAUUUACAAUGUCUUGCAGUCUGUCAAGAUCAUGGCCGAUAGUAUUGAUUCUUUCACAGUCAAACUGGUCGAGGGUAUUCAGGUCAAUCGAGAUCGGCUGGCUCAAAACGUGGCUUCGUCGCUGCUGGUGGCUACCUCGUUGAACACGGUUUUGGGUUAUGAUCAGGUGGCGAAGAUCACCAACCGGGCUCGUGAUGAAGGUAUCACUCCUCGUCAGGCGACUCUUGACUUGGGUUUGAUGACUGGUGACGAGUAUGAUCGUUUGACAAAUCCGUUGAAGCUGGCCUUGCCACAUUCAACUUUUGAAUAG